GUAAACCCGUUCAUGGAAUCAGGAAGUAAUAAUUUGCAGCGGUUCCCCUGAUGAGAAACUUUCGUGUACUGGGGCAGUCUAGAAGCUUUUGUUUUGUAUCCGCAAAUAUAGGCUAUUAGAGUUACACACUAGAAAAUAUAAUAUUCGUGGACGAGAGCCUAUCUUUUGGUGAAUGUCUUUUUAGUGUGCCUUUUUAUUCUCUGAAAGUACGCGGAAGACUUGAAUUUGACACCUUGGCUUAGGUAGGGUAAAUAGAAUGGAUGUUCCUCACCUGACAGAAGAUGAAAUGGCAGAUAUUAAAAAGGAGGUCCUAACGAGGCUGCGACCGUACCUCUGUGACAAGAUCCGGGUCGACCGCCAUUUUGACUACCUGCGCUCGCGCAAGAUCCUUACGCGGGACGACACAGAGGAGAUCAGCUGCAGGAGCACGCAGAGUAAACGGACGGGCAUGCUGCUGGACUACCUGGCUGAGAACCCUCGGGGGCUGGAUGCCCUGGUCGAGUCCAUCCAGCAAGGACGUACCCUCAACUUCAUCAUCACCAAGAUCACUGAUGAGGUGCAGAAAGUGAAGAACGAGAGGAUAGAGGCUCUCAGAGCAGGGGCAUCCAGUUCCUCCUCGGGCUUCCUGCCAACCCAGGACACAUCCAGGGCCACUAAAGACCUGUCCAGGACGCUGUCAUAUGAGACCAACCUGGCAUCCACCAUGCCGUACAACGGAGAAGGGAGCCCAUCCACCUCUGACGCCCUAAGAUCCCUCAACCUGCCCGCUGCCUCCAGCCAAGGGAAGGAGGUGUCAUCAUCCAUGGGAGGGGAUAGCAUGGUUGUGUCUUCAUCCCAGGCCUCGUCCAAACUGCCCAGGCCUGGAGAACCAGGGGCUCCAAACCUGCCACAGGAGGCCUUAUCUAACAUGGAUGCUGGACCACACGGGAGCACAGCGAUCAGCGGAGGGGACGCCAACUUCCAGCCCCUGAGGUCACGCUCCAUCACCCCCACUUCCACAUCAUACAGGGACCUCUCGCCUAGGCCCCCACCAAAAUCUUACUGAGGACCGCCCCUUGCCCUGGAAUGUCUCCCACAUCAUUACUCAUCACAAACAUUCCCACUUCAAUUUUAUUGUUUGUACCAGUUUGUGUUUUCUUAAGGGUUUUAGUUGAGUGAUACAUCAAACAAAUAGCAACUCGUAAAGUAUAUUCCAUGCCUCACAUUAUACUCUGGGUUAUUAGAAAGCUGGACAAGCUUAUUUUGAAUUCAGUGAAGAACCAUACAAGUAACUACUUACUAAUCAUGUCUCAAUCAUAAGCUGUACCUUCAUGAAUUUUACUCUGCUCCUAUCAAGUCAUCUUUCAUAAGAUGCCCCUUACCCACAGGAAGACGGAUUGAGAUAGAGAUACACUUUAUUCUGAACUUGGACUAAAGUCGUAGGUCAUCAUUCUCCAUCAACACUACUGCUCAUCUCCUUUCCUAUGAAUUAUGGGGGUGUGAGUUCUUCAUGAGACUGGCAUCAACAUGCCACACCAUGGCAGCUACAGUAGAGAUGUUUCCUUGUAAGGAGCCCAGAGCAUCAGAAGACAACUUCUCUGUAUUGACACAGCACUGGAAUAAAUGGUUCUGCAUAUGCUUUAAGGCACACAAACUGUAGUCACAAACUUUGGUAGACCUACACUGAAAUGGUUAAUGUUUUUACUCUAGAGUAUCGUUAUACUAUAGAUACAUUUUCUUAUUGUGAAAAGGCAUGAAUGUGUAAUGUGGUACAACAGUGUUACUUAUUAUCAAAAACUGAACUUUAAUAACUGCUAUUUUGAUAAUUGAUGUACCAGUACUUUUUAUAUUUCAGAUCUUGAAAAUGUAGGCCUUCUAUCAAUAAAUCAAAGGAAUAUGAGACACAGGA